AAGAAGAGAAAAUAAUUCAGAUUUCUUGUCACAAGAGUAUGUUGUGGUUCUGUUAUUUUGUUACAAAAUUUGUUUUGUAAAACGAUUAUCUUUAUGACCUGAUAUUAUAAAGUUAGAAUUUGGUUAUAAUUAUCACAUAACAAGCGAUGGCUACCAAUAACCUAAAUUUGUUAUGCACUAACUUUUGUAAACUAAGAAUAGGUAAUAUGGUAAUAAGAUCUACUUCAUACUACCAGCCACCUCGAUAUCGACCCCCACAUUGGUUUAUGCCAAAGACACGAGUGAGGAAUGAUGAUAUGGUAACACAGGAGAAUAAGCAAUUUAUUGAAGAGGUAAUGAAAGACAAGCUUAAAAUACAGACAGAACUGAAGUCGCCAUUAGUAAAAGGUGAUGUGGAACAAACUGCUUUAUGGACACCAUUCACCAAACGAUCAGGUCUAAUAGCCCGUAAAAUUGGAAACUACCCUGUAUGGGACAAAAAUGGAAAGAAAUUACAAACAACAUUAUUGCAGGUAGUUGACAAUCAUGUUAUAAAGUACAUACCACCUGAAGAAUUUAAACCAAUGAGAAAUACUAGAAAAAAUAAAACAGACAUACAGAGACAUGGGUGUUUAUUAAUUGGCUCGCAAACCAUAGACCCAAGUACUGUAACCAAAGAUUAUUGCGGCAUGUUCGACAGUGUGGGAAUGCUACCGAAACAGCAUUUGUGCAGAUUUAUUAUAUCGCCAGAAGCUGCUAUGCCUACAGGAACUCCAUUAUUUGCAACACACUUUAGAGUUGGAGACUAUAUAGAUGUACGAGCAAAAACAAUUGAUAGAGGUUUUCAAGGUGUUAUGAAACGAUGGGGAUUUAAAGGUAUGCCUGCUUCACACGGUGUUACUAAGACCCAUAGGAGACCAGGAAAUAUUGGUGGAGGUGGAGAAAAGGGUCGUGUCUGGCCUGGUACAAAAAUGCCUGGGCACAUGGGUAACAGUUGGAGGAUUUUACGUGGUGUAAAAAUUCUUCGAAUUAACACAAAAUAUAAUGUUAUAUGGACACUCGGAGUCGCAAUACCGGGUGAAACGGGUGCUAUGUGCUACUUGUAUGAUACUAUAUUACCACUGAGGAAAUUACAAACAGCUCCACCCUUUCCAACUCAUCCUCCCACGUCUGAUCUACCUAUAGAAUAUUACGAUGAAUCAAUACAUCCCUUCGAUAGUUCUACUAUAUCUUUGGAUGAUGCUUAGUGUAAUUUGUGCUGUUAUCAUAGAUGUAUUUAAAAUUAUUAAAAUAUAAAAGUGAAAAUAGUAGUUUAUUUUAUUCCUUUAGAUGCCAAAAAUCAUAAUCAAGAUCAUAUCCUGUUUUACAUAUUAAUGUGGAUGGUGAUAAGGGUAGAGUAAGACCGAAAAAGAGAUGGAUGGACUGUGUGAAAGAUGAUAUGGUGAGAAAUGGAGUAAAUAACGGGAUGACUGCAAACAGAGAUGAUUGGAAGAGAAAAAUAUAUUACGCCGUCCCCAAAUAAAUGGGAUAACGAAGAAGCAGAUGAGAU